AUGCACGCGGAAUCGCUCUUCUUUUGGCGGCGCGGUCUCGCUGAUGGCUUGUGGGCUGGAUUCGUUGUGCUGGUAAACGUUAUUUUUGAGGCAGAUUCAGUGUGCCUGCGCUCUUGGCCUAGGGGUAGAGACUUCCAUAUCAGGAUACUGUUACCAACAGACUUUCAGCUGAAAAAUGCAAGGAUAGAGUGUAGCUGGCACCUGAAGAAGAUACUGCAUGGAUAUCGGCCUAUUUUAAAGCAGAGGUUGCACAGCUGUCCAGAUCUCAUCAGUUUUAUGGUGGAGCUGAAAACUAUUUUGGAAAUUGCUUUAAAGAAUACACAAGACCUGCACAUACCACGGCCGCCAGAAUACUACUCCUGUCUUGUCAGAGAUCUAGAAAUAUUGGGUUGGAAUAAAGUCGCAUAUGUGGAUAGUGGUCUUACCACGAUCAAGCUAAAAGCUGAAGACUCUUGUGGUCGACAGCAUCUCAUCACUCUGAAGUUAAAUGCAAAGUAUCCAACAGAACCACCGGAUUGCCUUGUGGAUUUUCCUGUUCAGUUUGCUAUUUCUUGGAUGCCACAGAACUCCUUAAUUGACAUUUAUAACCAGUUCCUGGUGGCAUUAGAAUCGCUGAAAGAAUUCUGGGAUACCAUGGAUGAAAUUGAUGGGAAGACAUGGGUGCUUGAGCCAGAAAAUCCCACCCGGAGCGCUACAGCAAGAAGAAUUGCAAUAGGGAACAACGUCUCUGUGAAUGUAGAGGUAGACCCUCGGCAUCCAAACGUGCUCCCCGAGUGUUAUUUUCUUGGAGCGGAUCAUGUGGUUAACCCUUUGAGAAGUAAGCUGAACAAUGACAUGCACUUAUGGGAUCCAGAAAUCAGUUUACUGCAAAACUUGAAAGACCUCUUAGAAAUUGAUUUUCCAUCCCGUGCUGUGUUAGAGAAAAGUGAUUUUGCUAAGGACUGUGGAAUCUGCUAUGCCUAUCGCCUCGAUGGCACGACCCCAGAUCAAGUGUGCGAUGACCCCCGAUGUGGACAACCUUUUCACCAGGCUUGCCUGUAUGAGUGGCUGCAAGGUCUUGCUUCUAGCAGACAAAGUUUUAAUGUCAUCUUUGGUGAAUGUCCGUAUUGUAAUAAGCCCCUGACACUGAAAUCUUCAGUGAGGAAACUCUGA